UGAUGUCCAAAAAGCAGUCGCCCUACACCGUAAAGCAGUUCCUGAACCAGAAGAAGAAUGCCUUGACGAAAGCUGACAAGUCGUCCAAGGGCUCCUGGGAUGCGGCGACAAUACCUCUUUGUGAUCUCAUCAAUUCCAGUGAUGAUUACUAUACCACUAGCAGCUGCAGUGGGCGGGUCCAGGUCUGGGCCGGAGAGUCAACACAGAGUAAAACCGAUGGGCAUUUUAUGCACCGAUACGGCAUUUCUCACGACUACGUCCCUUCUGAUUACCUACACAAUCUGCCAACACCCGAAGAGGAACCCUUCCUGUGGCUUAAGUUCGAGCCGAUCAUUCUUCAUGUCGCCUGCAGUUCUCUGGAGACUGCGAUGAAACUCGUUAGAGGUUUCCGCACUGUUCUACCUCUUAGUAUGAUACGCAGCAUUCAGGCGAGCUCCCCUGAAGACUGUAAGAAGGUCCUCAUUGCUGUUGAAGGGGAGGAUCGCAUCGAUGCUCCCAUUCGAGUCCAAGGCCAGGACCUAUACACCGGUCCAGCAGCGGACUGGUUGGUCAAGGCAGCCAACGAGAAAUUGCGGAGGAACUUUGAACGCAUUGACGAAGUGACCGAGGCCGUGAAGAAGGUCUUGGAAGGCGUGGACAUGCCCACUGGCGAAGACUUUACAGCUUCUGAUUAAACCAUCUUGAUGCAAACGAUAGUUUCUCCAC